GCGUUUCGCGUCUGUUAGUUCUUCCUCCCUUCCAAUGCGUCUGGCCUCAUCUUCUGCAGCAAUGGCCGAACACGUCCUCAAUUCAAGCGUCGAGGUCGCCUCAAGAGCUCGAGAUCUCCGGGCGGAUUUGAAAACUUGGGAGAAAGAGUUUGCGUCCACGCAUGACGGUCGGAAAGCUGGUCGCGAGGAUAUAAAGCAACAUCCUGACAUUGCCGCAAAAUAUAAAGAAUAUGGCAGACUCAAGGCGCUGGAGUCUUCCCUAAAUCGACGCGAAAACCAACGGGAGUCCUCCGAUGCCCAGUCCAAAAAACGCAAACAUGCUUCUCCCACCGGACCAGAUGCUGCGCAACCACUUACGACGCCGCGAAAGUCAACCAAGGGACUCUUUGCGACACCAUCGAAUAAUCGCAACAAGCAAGUCAACCACGUAGACGAGUUUGUUUCUCCGUCGACGUUUCGCAAGCUAUUCAGCCCCAGUGCGCACCGACAGAGCAUUCCAGCCCCGUCGCCACUCAAGGCUGCAAUUGGACCAACACCACAGCGCGAUGGAAAGGCUCUGGGUCUAUUUGACAUGCUGUCGGAGUCAGGAGGAAGCACCGCGACACCAUCAGCAAAGAAGCAAAAGGAUUUCUUGGCAGCAGGGUUCCAGACACCUUCCAAGCCGAAGACAUUUGAACCUAUAGCGGAAGUUCCAGAGGAGGAGGAAGAAGAGAGUACACGACUUUCUCGGACACCCGCAUCCUCUACUAAGCAAUUCUACUUGGCCAAUCUGUUCGCGACUCCGACUACCAUGCGCUACGCUGCCAUGGUGGAGAAUGACGAUGAUAAGGCAGAUCAGGAGAAUGCGCCCCCAGUAAUCGGGCUUGCUACAUCUCCAGAGCCCAAUACCUCAGAAACACCAUCUUUCCUACGACGAUCCAAUUUCAACAGACUUCCGCCUCCUACUUCCAACAAUCAGAGUGCCGGACUCAGCCCCAUUGCCUCGCGCAAACCACUCCAAUUCGCAGGAAAGGGGCUAUCACAUUUGGUGCAAGGCCUACGCGCAAUGGAGGAGGAGCGCGAAGACGAUGAGUGGGACAUGUUCCGAGAACUCGAGGCCGAGCAAGAAGCAGCGAACUUCCAGGUUCCCGAGAGCCAAGCCGUGCAGGAAAACCACAGACCUUAUAAAAAGAAGGGACAAAAGCGAACAACGCGAAGAGUCAUUAUGCGCCCUGUUGCGCCUCGGCCGAAGACGCGACCCAAUCCCACUCUGGCGCCUGUCGAGGAACGUUCAGAAAGUGAGGAUGAGCUUGUUGCCGUUCUUGAAACUCAGCUCCCAGCAGGCUCGGAGGUGGUCGACGAAACCUAUAAUGAGGAAAAUGCUGCGGACGACAUGGCUUCUUUGCAUACCAUCUCUGAUCCAGAAUCCGAUGGAGAAGAGCCUGAUGUAGACUCUGAUGACGACCCGGAGUAUGGCGAGACAUCUAAGCCUUUGGCUCGGGCGAAGAGCUUCUCUGAGCGCAUUAAGGAGGCCGUCUCGAUGUCCAAGCCUCAAACUAAGGAAGAGACAGUGAAGGCACCACCGGCUCCGGAGAAGGAAGAAAAGGCGCCCAAGACUAGGAUGAUCAAGGCGAACUCCCAGGCUCAUACGAAUUACCGGAGCUUGAAGAUUCAUCACCGUGGAGGGUCUCGGGGUACCGGACGGUUCCGCAGGAGAUAAAGCGCAAGUAUGGGUACUCUAAUGUUCACGAAGAAAUGAUUGCAUUCAUAAAUAGCAUCAAGGGGUACUGGUCGGUUACAGCAACUAG